GACACGCAUUCGCUGCCAUUGCAAUGACAGUAGCAACAUUCGAAGAUGCUAUGCACUUGCUAGAUUAUCUGACUUAAACUCGUCUUUUCCAGGUCAGUACUAGGUAAGGCUUUCCAUUCAGACAGACAGGAGACAUCUCCCGGGCGGAUACUUUUCCAUGCAGGUGGCACUAUGAGUUUUCGGCAAUCUUUGGCCAACUUAAUCUGCGGAGUUUCCACGGAGGCCUAUCCUGAGGAGCCUCCUCGUUUCUUUUCAACCCCAGAUGAACAGGACAGCAUUUCACAGAUUCCCCCUCUACGCCGUGCCCGGACGACUGGAUCCGUUCCGAACGAUCGCUCGGCCCAUCAGCCAGGACCACCAAGAAGACAGACAUUUUCUGGGAAAAUUGGCGAUUCCAUUCAAUCCAGUCAGCUUCUAAACUCAAUCCCAUUCAUUCGCCGGGGGCGGGAGAACAUUGGAACCAUGGAUACUCUCAAAGGCCUCAGAAAAGCUUUGCGAAAAGUCGAAAUCGAGGUGUUCAACACCAGAGACGCCAAAGCUUACACCUGGUUUCCGGUUUCGUCCAUCAAUGAAAUCAUUCAAAACAACGACAAUGUGAUCAAGGCUCUCGAAGAGAAAGUGAAGAUGCACGAGAGCAUGAAGCGUUUCGUUUUUGAACAUGCGAAGAGACUCGUUUCUCUUCUGAUCUGGAGAGACCGCGUUGGCUUGCUAGAAAUCUUCUAUCGCGAACGAUUUGGCGAUGAGGACUUUCCCAUCAAGUUUUUCAAACCUCAAACUGCCAAAAACAAGACUCGUUCGAGAUGGUCCAUUCAGUCGUGUAGAUCGGGCAAGACCAUCAGCGUUUGGGUUCCCCAAGAAGACGAGGACAUGAGCGACGACGACGACGAUGAUGACAAAGACACCAUCAAACAGUUUUGCAACACCUAUCAGUGGUACUUCUUUGUGCCUGUGUUCAGUCCGCAAGACCCACCUCAGAUCUUUGACCCCUCAUGUCAAAUGCCAUACCUGGAAGAGCUUGGUUCGAGCCAAACAAACUUCAGCGUCGUCAGGCAUUUCGUCAUCCACCGCAAGCAUCUCAAUUUCAAACUUGAUGAUCAGAUUGGAACCCUAGUUGAUGAUAAGCAAAACCCUCACAUUGCCGUGAAAGAACUGUUGUCGGCACAAGGACUUUCACGGAAGAAGUUCCACGAUGUAGCCGAGAACGAAGCAAAGAUCCUGACGCGUCUUAAAGACCAGGACCAUCCGCACUUCAUCAGAGCAAUUGCCACUUACACCCAAGGAAGUCGGCAUUACUUCGUGUUUCCUUGGGCCCGAGGUGGCAAUCUUCGCGACUUCUGGGCCAAACAGCCCAAUUUAAGUCUUGAAGCAGAACACAUUGCAACCAAAGAUUGGUCUAGCUACUACCAGUGGUUCUUCAAGCAGCUCCUUGGUCUUUCCAGCGCUAUAGAAGACCUUCACCAUCCUAAGAAGAACCCGCGACAAUCAUGUAGGCAUGGCGACCUGAAGCCAGAGAACAUCUUGUGUUUCAGCGGGACUGAGAUCGGCACGGAGUUGAUUCCCACAGACGUGCAUCUCGUCGUCGCCGAUGCUGGGCACGCAAAAGUACACGAAAAGGCCACAGAGCUUCGCCCCGACGCGACGAACACACCACAAGGCACGAGAAUGUAUUCGCCCCCGGAGGCUGAGUUGAAAAUUCAGGAACCCAGGUCGAGGCGAUAUGAUAUCUGGUCUCUAGGGUGCCUCUAUUUGGAAUUUCUUGUCUGGAUGCUUUAUGGCAAUGUCAUGCUCGAGUCUUUCCGUCAAGACAUUGGACCCGGCCAGCCCUACUACAGGAAAGAACCAGAGGUCGGGCUGAAAGAUUCGGUCAAAAACUGGAUCAAGAUUAUCAAGGACGAUCCUAGGUGCACUCCAAUCAGGGAGACCGCCAUAGGACGUUUGGUCAACCUGAUCGAGAACCGAAUGUUGGUUGUCAGGGCUGAAACCCGCAGAGAUUCGUUCACUCAAGACAGUGGAUCAAGAUUGGCGACCAGAGACAGCUUUCCAACGAGUAGCGACGAUACGCUCCCCAAGGUAAUUGUCAAGCAGCCCACGUGGAGACCAGAAGAACCCGAAAGAGCGGUUGCAAAAGAGGUUCUCAAGGAGAUGGAAAGAAUCGUUCACGCUGUAAUGGAGAAGAAUUCACUUUCGUGGAUCAAUCAACGUGGCAUGACAGAAGCUGCGAAACGCAGGCCGCCUGUCCCCAAGGCUAGUCUGAAUCCUAGUGAUACCAGAGGAGUUCUUCAGCCAGGGGUCUCAAACAGGUUGAUGCAAGGGGCAAGCGACGUACGUAGUCAGAAGAAUCCUCUUGCAGUUGAUAGGAGGAAGUAGCUGACACUUUGUCACGAUAUAGAGAUAUGUGAGUGACCUACCAGUUUGAAGGCUCAGACUAAUGAUUUCGGCAACUGACCUGAGAUUAAAAUAGAUGACCGUAGGUCUAUCCCAUGUGCUCCUGCUAGAUACAUGAACCCGCAUUUCAUGAUACGCUCACAGCAAGCCGUAAGAUCAAUGACGCUGAUGUAAACUCCUUCAGCCGCUUGACGACAUUUGGAUCUA